AUGUCUGAUCAAGAGGAAGAGUUUAAUAUUGAAAAUACGGUUGAGCCAGAAGAACAUGAGGAGGUUAUUGACACUGUCAAUAUUCCAGCACCCUCAGAAGAACGUUCAGAGUUAGACAUAAGUGAAGAGCAUGAAUCUGAACUAGAAUUCAGUGAGCAAAGUGACAUCAGCAUUUUAAGCCUUGAAUUGAACGAGGAAAGAAGACGCCUGGAAGAGGCUGUGUCUCCCAGAAAAUCCUUGCCUGUUUCAGGGUAUUCACCGCAGCCCAAUGUGGAGUUCACCCAACAGGAUUCAAAUGAGGAGGCUCUGGCAUUUCUGAAUAAAAUAAAGGCUAUGAAGGAGUCUUUGCAAACAUCAGUGAGAGAAUCUUCAGCAACAGUAAGAGUUGUACUUAUUCCUGUGGGCCAGGAAAUUAUAAUGCCUUUUAAAGUUGACACUAUUUUUAAACACCUCAAGGAUCACUUUUCACACUUAUUACAUAUCCCACCUUCUGUACUGCAGAUAAGUUACAAAGGAAUAAUUUUUAAAAAUAAUGAGACUUUAAUACAACAUGGAGUUAAGCCACAGGAAAUUAUACAACUGGAACUCUUUUCUACAAAUCCAGAUCAAUAUCCAAUCAAAAGGAUAGAGGGAUUAAAUGAUGUCUCUCAAAUCCUAACUGUCACUGUACAAAUUGGCAUUAAUCAGUACCAGGUGGUAACUGUUGAGAUUAUAAAGUCUGAUUUUCAUAAGCCAUUUCUUGGUGGAUUUAAGCAUAAAAUAACAGGAAUAGAAUAUCACAAUGCUGGAACCCAAACUGUACCUAAAUAUAUCCGAGGGAAAAAACAAGCAUUUUCCAGGGACACCCAGACAGUUUCUCAGAGAAAAAAGCUCCAACAAACUACAAAUACAACAUCCACACAAAUGUCUAAAAUUGGUGUGUAUGUAUCAAAUAUAACUGAUAAACUGUUAAAACCAGGGGAUUAUUUUUCAGCAGCAAAAUACCAUGCUCGAAGAUUCAAUGCGGCGAUAGUAAUACAGACUCGCUACAGGCAAUGGCAUGCUAAAGUCUUUGUAAGGGAACUAAAAGAACAGAAAAAGUUGAGGUUGGAGUGGGAAGCCCAGGAAGAACUACGGAAAAUAAAAGAAAAAGAAGAAUGGACGCAAUUGGACUAUCACCGGAGGCAUAAUCCUAAAACAAAUGAAGACUUUGAACUUCUUUAUAAUGCACUAAACUUCUGGCACCAAGAAGAACUUUCUCGGAUUAACCAGUGUCUCACUGGAGCUGAAAGGAAGGCUGCUUUGUGUGAACUUUUGGAAAAAGAGACCCAGAUAAUUGCUUCCAUUGGGAGACACAGAUCCAUUGCUUAUUUGGAAAGAGAGGAAUCAGAAAAACAAGUUUUUUUGAAUAAGUGUUCAGCUCCAAAGAUAUGGAGAAGAUCUGAUGGCAAAACGGUUAAGAUGGAUACCCAGUUCACCAUCAGAGCCAGAGAACUGCAGAACAUCUAUAAGUGCAUUACACUGAGGAAUCUCUCUCAAGAUGAGAGAGUGGAUAUACUCUUAACACUUAAACAUACUGUGAAGGAACAUGAAUGUAAACUGACCCAGGAAAUCCUAGAACUGAUUGAUAGAGAAGUUGACCUUAUGAUGAGAGGAGUCAAACCUUAUAACCUUGAAGGACUCAGAAAAAGAAUUGCAACACUCUUUUUUCAAUAUAUUAAAACACCUCUGUUUAAUCCUGAAGUGGCAAGAUACUUGAAGGUCCCUCAAGACCCACUGAAAUUUUACAAGAAGAUUUACUUUUGCCGCAAUUGCCAGCUCUAUUUGCCUUCUACGGAAUUUGCCAUCUCAUCCACUUCGAAGCACAUAUACAGAUGUCGCCACUGCACUAACCUCCAGAAUGAGGCUAAACAACGAGAAGCAUUUUUGAAGUACAAGUGUUUACUUCAGCGGCUGUACUCUUCAGAGGCGGAUUAUGAAGAUGACUCUCAAAUUGCUUUCUUGAUGCAGCUACAGGAUAUUCAGUACUUGAUGGAAAACAUCUGGGCCUCACAAUCGGUUCUCAGUGCCUGGGACGAUAUCAAUGAUCUGGUCCUGGUUAGAUGGGAUAAAAACCUGGAGUGGUCUCCCUGGAACUGCAUUCUUCUCACCAAAGAUGAAGCAGUUGCUCAUCUUAAGCUAACAAGUAUUGAAGAGGAAUAUGGACAAGUAUUUAUCCACAAGAUCAAACACAAACAUAUCCUGGCUAAGAACUACUUUUCUCAGAUUCCAGCAUUGGCUUCCUAUAUACUUGAUCAUGGAGAAUUUAAUGAGAUCAGAAAAAAAUAUUAUACUGAUACAUCACCUAAAAUUAUAAAAGUCAAUGGGCCUCAUUCUUAG